AUGGCUCCAGCAACAGAUACCAUGCCGCCUCAGGCCGUUGAGCACGAUGAUCACAGCGAUACGGAGAGUCUCAAAGCAGCAGCUCUUUUCCACAAAGCGCUGCGAAUGGGAAGAGUAGAGGAGAAGGGUAUCCAACCAAUUCCCGUUGAAGAACGCACUGCAACACGGUUCUACAAUAUCUUCACCAUCUGGGCAUCCAUCAACUCUAAUAUCCUCGGCAUCACUUUUGGCAUGCUGGGUCCUUUGGUUUAUGGCUUGAGUUUGAGGGAUUCUGCCCUCAUCAUUCUCUUCUUUUGUCUAUUUUCGACAAUUGGACCGGCGUAUCUUGCUACUUUUGGACCUAAGACGGGAAUGAGGCAGAUGAUUCAGGCUCGGUAUAGCUUUGGUCGUUAUCUUGUCUCAAUCCCGGUACUGCUUAACCUCGCUACGCUCACUGGUUUCAUGGUGAUCAUCUUCGUCGUCGGCGGUCAAUGUCUCUCUGCUGUAUCAAGCGGCCACCUGAGUCCCGAUGUCGGCAUCGUCAUCAUUGGCAUCCUCUCACUCCUGAUCUCCUUCUGUGGUUUCAAGGUCCUGCACUAUUACGAGACGUACGCCUUUAUCCCCGCCAUCAUUGCCAUCACCAUUGCAACAGGCUGCGGCGGUUCUCAGCUCUCCAAGCAGGCUGCCCCUGCGGCGCCUGCAACUGCAGCAGCUGUUCUUAGCUUUGGCAUGAUUGUCGCGAGUUACAUGAUCCCCUGGGCGGCUAUUGCGAGUGAUCUCACCACGUACUUUGAUCCCAAGGUUCCGUCCUGGAGGGUUUUUGCGUACAGUUAUCUUGGUCUUGUUACCCCCACGAUUCUUCUCAUGACUCUCGGAGCUGCUAUUGCUGGAGCUCUGCCUAAUGUCCCUGAGUGGUCGGAGGCUUAUGAUAGAACCGCUGUUGGAGGUGUUCUCGCAGCUAUGCUCUCAAGCGCAGGUGGCUUUGGCAAAUUCGUCGUUGUGAUCCUUUCUCUCACCCUGUUGGGCAAUACAGGCGGAACAAUGUACGCCAUAACUCUCAACUUCCAGACUCUUAUUCCUGGUCUUAUCAAGAUCCCUCGAUACGCUUUCGCUGUUGUCGUCACCGUCAUUGUUAUCCCCACCGCCCUUCGAGCCCAGCGCGAUUUCUUCGUCAACCUCGAGAACUUUGUCGCCCUUAUCGGUUACUGGUCCGCCUCCUUCAUCGGCAUCGUCUCCGUCGAACACCUCGUCUUCCGCCGAGGUCGCUACGAUUCAUACGACCACGCUAUCUGGAACGUUGCCUCCGAGCUUCCCCUGGGUAUUGCUGCCAUCGCCGCGGGCAUCAUCUGCUACGCUCUUGUUGUACCCUGCAUGGCGCAGGCUUGGUGGACGGGCCCCAUUGCCAAGACCACUGGUGAUAUUGGCUUUGAGAUUGCGUUCGUUAUGAGUUCGGUGUUCUAUGUACCUUUCCGAAUCUUGGAGAAGCGUCUCUCUGGGAGGUAG